ACGCUUGAUGACGUCAUGAACCGUUUGUGGUUGGUGGGGGGGACGAAGGGGCCGAAAACCGCUGACAACCGCGUGAAGGGGAAACUGAAGCGACGUUGGAGCGAGUUGGCAGCCGUUAGGAGCGGACGUUACGACGUUUCCGAACCACCCAAGAACCGCGAACGCAGUCCCUCGAAAACGUCCGCCCUGGUCUCUCUCUGUUCGGGACGGAAGAAGAGUGGCGAUAAAGAUAACAGUAAAGAGGAGAACGAUGAUAACGAGAGUGGAGUGUACGAGAAAGAGAGGGGGGAUAGGUUUACGUGUCCUGUGGCAAAUGAUGAUGAGAAAUACCGUGUUUCGGCGACUCUGUUAGCUCUGACGCCCGAUUUUAAAAGUCCAGCAGUGACGGCUAGGGUGGAUGUGAUGGCUCACCAAGGGGUGCACAACAACUUGCACAUUCAGUGGAUGCACGAGCAAGCUUCCUGUUUGAAUCGGGGUGAAUUGAUAUGGUUCGACCCGGGGUUGGGGCAUGUCUUGCCUGGAGAAGUACUGGAAUACCACAAACCUGCACAGGUGCUCACAGUACAAGCUGUCAUUGCAGGAAAGCCCCAGGUAUUCUCGCUCACCUCAGCCAAUGGGGUCAGGAGAAGGCAGGAUCUUGGACAAAAUGGAAUCGAAGAUAUGAUACAACUUUCAGAUCUCAACGAAGCAUCAUUACUAUGGAACCUGAAAAUACGUUACGACAGGGAACUGAUCUAUACCUACGUAGGGAGUAUACUAAUAGCAGUAAAUCCCUACAAGAUGUACGACAUGUAUGGCCUUGACGUGGUCAAGAAAUAUGAAGGGCAAAUUCUUGGCAGUCUACCACCGCACCUGUUCGCGAUCGGGUCGGCGGCAUACAGCGCGCUGCCCCGUAGCAGCCAGGUGGUGGUGAUCUCUGGUGAGUCCGGCUCGGGCAAGACAGAGUCGACGAAGCUGGUGAUGCAGUACCUGGCCGCAGUCAACAAGGCGCCCUCCAACCUCAUCACUGAGCAGAUCCUCGAGGCAUCGCCGCUACUCGAGUCAUUCGGCAAUGCCAAGACGGUGCGCAACGACAACUCGUCCCGGUUCGGCAAGUUCCUCGAGGUGCACUUCAAGGAUGGAGUGAUACUGGGAGCCAAGGUUACCGAAUACCUUCUAGAGAAGUCGAGAAUAGUGACCCAGGCUCCAGAGGAGAGAAACUACCAUGUCUUCUAUGAGCUCCUAGCCGGAUUAUCUGAGGAGAAUGCUCUCAAGUAUGGACUGUUGUCUGCUGAUAAAUACUUCUAUCUCAACCAGGGUGGAAAUUGUGAAAUCGACGGGAAAUACGAUGGUGAAGACUUCCAGUCUCUUUUGUCUGCCAUGCAAGUUUUAGGUUUCACAUCUGAAGAGCAGGACACCAUUUUUAGAAUACUUGCAUCAGUUCUUCACUUGGGAAACGUAUACUUCCAUAGAAAACAAUUGAAACACGGCCAGGAAGGAGUGGAGAUUGGCUCGGACGCUGAGAUCCGUUGGACUGGCCAUCUACUGCAGUUGAGUGUCGAUGGUAUCAAACAGGCACUCACCACUAAAACUACUGAAGCAAGAAACGAACGUCUCCUAACAGCUCUAAGCAUAGACCAAGCCCUGGAUGCAAGAGAUGCAUUCGCCAAGGCUUUGUACAGCUCACUGUUCGCAUGGUUGGUGGCCAGAAUCAACCAUAUUGUCUACAAAGGCACCAAAAAGACAACCGCCAUUUCGAUUUUGGAUAUAUUCGGAUUCGAGGAUUUCAAAGAAAACAGCUUUGAACAGCUUUGUAUCAACUAUGCAAACGAAAAUCUCCAGUUUUAUUUCAAUAAACACAUUUUCAAGUUGGAGCAACAAGAAUACGCCAAAGAGAAAAUCGUCUGGCAGAACAUUACUUAUUCUGACAACAUGCCAGUGAUCCACCUGCUGUCGAAGAAGCCAGUGGGAAUCCUGCACCUGUUGGACGACGAGUCGAACUUCCCUCGCGCCACCGACCUCUCCUUCCUGGAGAAGUGCCACUACAACCACGCACUCAACGAGUUGUACUCGAGGCCCAGGCUGAAUGGACCCGAAUUCGGCAUUCGCCACUAUGCGGGGCCCGUCUGGUACAAUGUGGAGGGCUUCCUGGACAAGAAUCGGGACACGCUCCGGCCUGACGUCGUCGAGCUGUUGAUAUCGAGCUCGUUGCCUAUGCUGAGCAAGAUGUUUGUGUCAGUGAGAACUAGUCAAGAAGCUUCGAAAACUUUGAACAAGUCCAAUGGACGUUUCAUCACCAUGAAGCCUCGUACUCCCACAGUGGCCGCCAGGUUCCACGAUUCAUUACAACAGCUGCUGGAGUCCAUGUCCAAAUGCAACCCUUGGUUCGUACGCUGCGUUAAGCCGAACAACGACAAGGCAGCGAUGAAGUUCGACAUGCCGAUUGUGCUCGAACAACUGCGCUACUCGGGCAUGCUCGAGACCAUUCGCAUUCGCAAACUUGGUUAUCCGAUCCGGGUCCGCUUCCAGGAAUUCGCCGAGCGAUACCGCUAUCUGAUGCCCGCUAGAGUUGUGCCGCCGCGCGGAACUCCGUCUAGGGAGCUGUGCAACGUGAUCCUAGACCGACACAGCGGCGAGUACCAGCUGGGAACAUCGAAGGUGUUCCUGCGGGAGAACCUGGAGCGCACCCUGGAGCGGGAGAGGAUCGCCAUCCUGAGACGAGCGGCUGUCAUCCUGCAGAAGUGGACGCGCGGCUUCCUCGCCAGGAAACACUAUUCCUCGUCUAAGAGAAGUGCCAUCAAGCUACAAUCUGCUUACAGAGGAUGGAGGGAGAGAAAGAAGUACAUGACCUUGAGGAAAGGUAUUGUCAAAGCACAGGCUCACUUCAGAGGGAAACGUCAAAGAAAGAGAUACACACAAUUGAAGGAGGAAAUGAAGAGACGCGCCGAAAUGGCACGAGAACGCGCCAAGGUGAAGGCACAAAAAGAGGAGCAGGAGAAGGCGAACCGCACAAUCGCCGUGGCGGGGGUCAACCACCUCGACAUCCCGGCCGAGCUGGCAUUCAUGUUCAACAAGCUCGAAGAAUGGCAGCCUGUGCACAACGAGCGACAACUGGUCAAAGUUGUUGGUCCAGUCAUCGAGAAACAAAUCCAAGCCUCCUUGCCGUCAGACAUUGAUCAACACGCGUUCUCAAAGUUCACAAACAUUUACUUCAAGUCUCAUGUGUGGGGCAUGAAACGGGAACCGAUUAAAACCCCGUUCCUAAACAAGGCUAAAGAUUCUGAUUUUGCGGAUUCAUUGGCGUUGUUUAAGUUGAUAUUGCGGUUCAUGAAUGAUGAGACGUUGACAGGGAAGAAGGAACAGUUGUUGGGAGAUUAUAUAGCCUACAAAGGAUUGUCCAAUGAAAAGUUGAGGGAUGAGAUCUUGUGUCAGCUUGUGAAUCAGACUUGGAGGAACGACAUCGCGACCAACUGUGAACGGGGCUGGUUGUUGAUGGCUAACUGUCUCUCUGUUUUUCCUCCCUCGUCUUAUCUCUACAAGUUUUUGCUGAAAUACGUGUCGGAUCACGGGUAUGACGGUUACAAAGCGGUGUGUCAACAAAAACUGCUCGCAAGUCACAACCAGUGGUUGAGAUCUUACCCGCCGAAUCUGUUGGAGUGGAGAGCGAACCGGAAACGUGUGAACAUGGCUUUGCAGCUGCAUUUCGCCGAUGGAGAGAGUGUAACGAGUUGUGUGGACUCCUGGACAAGGUGUGAGAACCUUUGUGCGGCAGUAUUAGCGGAGCGCGGGGUGGCGGAGUGUCAUGGUUGGACGAUAUCCUUGGAAGAUCAAGGGGAGCGAAAUGGUUUGGAUUACGUGAUGGACGCAAUAUCGGAGCUGGAGUUGCCUCCUAUGUUCCCCACGGUACAACAGCAGACACCAUUGAUCUGUACUAGUACAAAGAUCAUGCCGGAAACGCAACCGCAACCUGCUAGACGACCCACAGUACCUCCGCCGCAACCUCCUCCACCGCAACCCACAGUCGUAGUACAGAAAGUACGUUCGGUCUCGAGGGAACACACCCCGGCCUACACGGACCUCUCCAGACAGUCGGCAUUGAACGACCGGUAUUUCGACAAACCAGGCCGGUCAAGAUCCUUGGAUAAUCUGCUGUCACCUGCUUCAGUGUCGGGAAGCGUGCCUUCCAAGUUGGACACCCUGGGCUUGUCGCAUAGUCGCCUCAACGAGCGGUAUCACUCGAUGGAGAGAAUUCAGGAGUCGGACACCGUGGGAGAGUUGACAAAGGCCGAGGAGGAUAAUCUGGAGUCGGUCAGUCAGCGUGGUGAGAACCGCAAGUAUAGUUUGACAGGUGCAUCGUCGGACGUGCUAGUCUCGCACAGUCAGCUGGAGUUCGACUUUGCGGAGUUGUCUGCGACUCGCAGCGAGGAUGACAAGGGCAGCAGCUACAUGAUGCGCGGUCACCCGCGAUUCAUCAAGUCGCAGUACACGGGCAAGCGAGCUGCGCCCGGCAGCCACUCGAGUCGCGCCCACAUCGAGACCAGUCGCGCCCAGUCCGAGCGAUCCGAGACCGGAGUCAAGAGCUCGGCGUUGAGUGAUACUAGUGAGGCGCCGUCACUCGCAUCGCAUGUGCGCAGAGUGAGAGUGCCUUCACAAGCAUCGGACGUCGACCAGUUCUUGGACGAUCUGUUCAGUCCAGUGCUCGAUCAGCUGUCUGAUGCUAGAUCGUUGGCGGCAUCCAUCAAAGGAGGCUCAAAAACAAUGUCUGAUUACGAAGCUCAUAUAUUCGACUCACUGUUCACUGACGAAUGUAUUGAAUCGUCUUUAUUGGCUGGAACUAUCAAAGGUGGAGGUCAGGGCAUUGGAGGAGUCAAUGCUCAGGAGCCAACGUCAGCCAAUCAGCAAGCUCCAAUGUUCAGCCUGGCUCCCAUGGUGGGAUCCCCCCCACCCGUCAUGCCUCCUCUCAUGUCCACCACACCUCUCUUGAUGCCGCUCUAUAACACACCAGGUACUGGUGCUAACAGUUACACUGGUAGUCUGUCACUCGACCCCAAUGCUUCGAUGACAUCAGGCUUUAUGCCAGUUCCCCAUCUACAACAUGUACCGGACAGUCCGCCACAGUGGUCAGGUUCGCCGCCGAAAGCGAAGAGCACGCCUGUGACGACCACCAAGGCCCAGGUGCACCGGUCCGGAUCGCCUCACCAGUCCUUCACCAAUGUCCUCAGCGAACUCAAGAGUCGCAAGUCUUCUGUCGAUUCCAUGACCAAGGACCUGAACGAAACUGACGGAGUUGAGUGGGAAGAAUUCGAAAUCCCUGAACAGUCAAUGUCACAGCAAAACUCGCAUAACAGUUCGCAUCACAGCUCACAUCAGAACUCGCAUGCGGUCGCAUCAUCGCCCAGCAAACAGAAUCACGUCAACCACCAUCAGAGCAAUCAGAACCAUCAUCAGAGCAAUCAGAAUCAUCAUCAGAGCAAUCAGAAUCACCACUCACACAACCACCACUCGCCGCCCAGCAAUCAGCCGAGCUCGCAGUCGCCUGAUAUACAUCGCAGCUCGUUCAAAUCGCUGGAAGUGGGCGCUGCUAGACCGAGCCCAGGCAGCGUGGGUAAGCUGCGCAUCAGCAACGAGAUGAAGUCAAAGCUGGAGAAAGUGACAGCCAAUCACAGCCUGCGCUCCACCAAGCCCACUGCCCACCCUCCCCCAAUACCCAACAUGCACCCGCCCACUGGCAAACUGGACUCAGAUCGACGGGCGCUUCUGCAACAGCAGUUGGCUGGCAGAUGGGGCAGCGUGGACAGUGUGGAUGCUAGAGGAGUUACCAAAGAAGACAGAACCGAAGUGCAGCAGACGAAUAUUGUUCGCAGCCAAUUGCAGGUGGAUAGAAUGGAGAAGAACAGUCCGAGUCCGGGGUGGAGACCCCCUCCUCCCCCAGUCACCCCUCACCAGAUGACACCUCCCUCCAGGUCGAGCAGUUUCUAUUCUCACAGUAAUCCACCUCCACCGGCUCCAAUACAACCAGUUACCAGAGAUUUGUACGGCGAUGGAAUGUUUGGCGGCUCCAUGUCAAACCACUCCGACCAUGUUGAGUUGGAGGAAUCGUCAGAAUUUCUGACACCAGCAGUUGAGCCUCUGCCAACUGUGACGGGUCCGCCGGAAGCCAACCUCUCGACCAAGAUGCACCCCAACCCAUCUGCGGCUUACUUCACUUACAAUCGAGUCUCGUGGAAGUUGAACGUUAGGAAAGAGGUGUUCUCGCCGAAAGAAACCGUGUCAAGUCCCUUGGUUCUGCAUCUAGUCUUCUGUCAGGUGGUGGGUGAUGUCCUCAACAAACAAACGCCCAGGAUAAACAAGGAGGAGAGAACUGAAAUGAUUCAGUUGUUAGAAAGGUUCCAUGUAACGGCAGCUAACAUGCAUUCCACCCAGCACAAGGCCAGUACAAAGAGAGCUGUCGUGGAUAUGGCACGUCAUUGGCUGACUUACUUCUCAAGAAUGUUCCCUGUUAAUGGAGGCAACCACUACCCAGAUGUAGAGCUGAUUGCAGUGGGCCACUUAGGAUUGCGGCUAGUCAGACAUGAGUCCAACCAUCUUAGAGUCAUUCAUUCUAUUGGGUUGGACGAAAUAGCAGACGUGGGCGUAAGCAAGGGUGGCGGAACUCUCCAGCUGGUGCUGAGCUCUGGUGAGCACUUCCCGCUCUACACCAACAAAGCGCGCCAAAUUCAGUCGAUGUUGAGCUCGUUCACGAGGGAAUCGAUCGGCACCGCUAACACCACCAUCAACCGAGACUUGCAUCAAGCCAGAAUUGAGGAAAGAACAAGACCAGUCGACCAUAAAGGAUGGCAGCCGGACAUGAGACUGAUAAUGCCAGCCAACCCUCCUCAACAUCAACAACCAGUCGUGUCUGAUGAUGGUAAACAUUCAUUACUGCAGUUUGCAAUCAACCAUUUCCGGCAGAGUCCAGAAAAGUUUGAGAUGUUAAAAACUCCCGAUGGACAAAUUAACGGCUCCCUGAAAGUGGUUCAGAGUCAUAAAAAAGGUGGAGACUGGACUUGGAAAGAGCAGGUUGAUCUUGUAAAAUACUCGCCAGCGCCAAUCAACGAGUCUCUGCUGAAGCUGGACUCGGAACUGAAUCAGCUGGCCAUAGAAUGCUUUGAGUGUGCCAUGAGAUAUAUGGGCGACCUGCCCACCACUCCCGACCUCACCGAGGUCAAAUGCGUCUACACUAUUCUCAUGCAUUGUCACAAACACGAGCCACUGAGAGACGAAGUGUACUGUCAGCUGAUGAAGCAGACGACAAGCAACAAGAACGAGAGCUGCCAGCGAGGCUGGAGGCUGCUGAGCAUAGUGGCCGCAUACUUCACGUGCUCGGACACGCUCAGGCCAUUCCUGCUCAAGUAUUUGGAGACGGCCGCCUACGACAAGCGACGAGCUUUCCAUGGUACAGCGAAUGUCUGCCUGCAGAACCUGCGCAAAACGCUGCGCUAUGGCGGCCGCAAGAACGUGCCCAGCGUUGAGGAGGUGACGGCAGUGAGCGCAGGUCGCAACUCGAAGCGGCAGAUGUAUCGACUGCCCGGCGGCAGCGAAACCGUCAUCAACACCAAGUCGACAACAGUUGUCGAUGACGUCAUACACGAGAUGUGCGCGCUCAUCAACGUGCACGACCCCCGAGAGAUGGACGAGUUCUCGUUGUACUGCAUCGUCGAGGGUGACGCCUUCACCAUGCCGCUGGCACGCGAAGAGUACAUACUGGACGUCACCACUGAGUUGCACAAGAAUAAUCAGAUCUUCUACCUGAUCUUCUGCCGGUCAGUGUGGCACUUCCCUCUGCGCCUGGACAGCCAGCUGUACAUCCAGGUGUUGUUCAACCAGAUUGCACCUGACUACCUGGAGGGACUCCUACUGGUCAUGCCCAACGAGCAACUCACUCAGGAAGCCGUUUAUGAGGUAGCGAAGUUGGCAGCCCUGCUGCACCGAGCCGCCGACAUGACUCACCCGCCCGCCAUGAAGGAGACCAAGUUCCUGCUGCCCAAGCCAGCCCUGGCUGAGCGAGACAUCAAGCCCGCUCAAUGGGUGCAACUGGUUCAGUCCAACUGGCCUGCCGUACAAUCUAUGCACAGCAUUGAUGCCAAGGCGCAGUUGCUAGAGGUAUUGAGCAAAUGGCCGCUGUUCGGGUCCAGCUUCUUUGCGGUGAAACGCGGCGGAGUGCAGCAGAUACUGGCGCUUAAUCGCACCGGUGUACAUUUUCUGCAUCUUUCGACGCAUGAAACGGUGUCUAGCGUGCCCUACUCGGAGGUGAUUUCGACCCGUAAAGUGCGCGCUGAGUCUGGCACAAUGUACCUGGAGAUGAAGUGUGGCAACCUCUUCCAACAGCGAGUGGCUCGGCUCCAGACAGACCAGGCUCACGAAAUCGCUCGACUCAUCAGGCAAUACAUGAGCUUACAUAGACAACAAAUGCAAGCUGGACCUAGAUGAAAGUGAAAACGCAUUCUUACAAAGUAAGAAUAUG